AUGAAAUCAGAAAUACCCUACGUCGCGAAGCUAUGCCUGGGCUCGUCGAGGACUGAACAGCCCGCCGCCUCCAACCCCUCUUCUGCGCUUGCCUCCACUACCUCCACCGAAGACGUUGUGACGUCCUUGUCGUCAUCCACUAUUUUUUCAUCUCCACGCUCUGAGGUACUGCUGCAAACUGCUAAGGUGUGGCUCGAAGGAAGCAACGGCCGGAGGAUCCUAGCCAGAAUCCUUCUCGACGGCGGCAGCCAGCGUAGUUUCAUCCGUCAAGAAGUAUCGACGAAGAUCGGGUGCAACAUGAUCAGAACCGAAAAUUUGAGGGUCCAUACUCUUGGCAACGUCUCUUCGCGCCGCAAUAAGUACCGUUGCGUUCAAGUGCUUUUACGGAGCCAGUUCUCCUCCUCGAGUAUCGUGAUCGAAGCAGUGGAGUACGACGACAUCUGCUCGGACAGCUUACUGUCCUUGAAUUCGACAGCGGUACAGCAUGUGAAAAGCAUGGGUCUCCAGCUUGCCGACGAGCCCUCAGCUCCUACCGAAACCCCCCUGCUACUUGGAUCCGACUUUUACUGGAAAGCAGUCACCGGCGUAACAGUCCGGUUGUCCGAGUACCUGGUAGCAGCAGAGACGCUCUUCGGGUGGACACUUCAAGGCGCAAGUCGUGACGGCAGCAUCCGCAGUCGAAACGUCGAGGUGAUGCGGGUAGGCGUGCAAUCCGAAGAUACUACGAGUAUCGACUCUCAGCUACAAGCGUUCUGGGAACUAGAACAUUUAGGCAUUACUGACCCCUAUCCAUCUGACCUCGACACCGAUUCCGUUCUGCAGGAUUUUCGUGCCACCACAAAGCUGGUUCACGGUCGUUACGUUGUACGCCUACCUUGGAAAUCGGAAAGGCAACCAGCCUUAGGAGACAAUAAGGCGUUAGCGGUUCAACGACUUGAGGCUACUACAAGGAAACUACGACGAGAUCCAGCACUGAAGGAAGAGUAUGAUUCUACCAUUCGGCAAUACCUUAAUCUCGAUCACGCUCAGCGUGUUUCUGCACCUGAGUCAGUGUCGGAACCUCUUUAUCACAUGCCGCACCACGCAGUCAUACGAAGGGACCGCGAGACUACAAAGGUCCGCAUUGUAUUUGAUGCGUCGUCGAAGUCCCCUGGUUGCAUCUCCCGCAACGAGGCCUUACACGCUGGACCAAACCUGAACCCCGACGUCCUACAACUGUUGCUACAGUUUCGCACGUACGAAGUGGCUCUAACGGCGGAUGUAGAGAAGGCAUUCCUUCAAAUUCAACUGGACCCAUCCGACCGUGACUGUCUGCGAUUCUUUUGGUAUGCAGAGCCUCCUAAGACGGGUGAACCUUUGCCACCGGUUGAGACUUGGUGGAUGACGCGGGUUCCCUUCGGAGCGAAAUCGAGCCCCUUCCUCCUUGCAGCGACUAUACGUCAUCAUCUAAAGUCAGCAGAGACAUCGCACCCGCAGACAGCUCCUUUGCUGUCAAACCACUUUUAUGUGGACGAUCUCGUUGUCGGCGUCGACACUGUCCAGGAGGCGCUCACACUUUACCACGAAUCACAAGAAAUAUUUCGUGACGCUGGCAUGAAGCUGGUGAAAUGGACUACCAACCGCUCGGAGCUUCAGGGAACUUUCGAGGCCGAUGGAACUGCAAGUUCAUCCGCUACGUCACAGAGGAAGGUUCUUGGACUCGGUUGGGACAUCAGCACCGAUGAAAUCCGGUACUCCCUGAAAUCCAUCACGGAGUUCCUCGAGAGUAACUUCAACACCGGCACUAAGCGUUAUGUGCUUCAAGCCGUUGCACGUAUCUAUGAUCCCUUCGGCUACGUGACGCCAUACGUUGUCACGGCCAAGAUUCUGCUACAACGUAUUUGGCUGGCAAAGCUGAACUGGGAUGACCGGCUACCAGAAGAUCUCAUGAACACGUGGUCUACGUGGUGCAGGCAGAACCGAGUGGCUGAAAUACAAGGCGUUACGGAUCCUCACCAGUGGCAACAUUCUCCGGGCCAUGACAAUCCUGCAGACUUGCUCCCAAGGGGUACUUCAUGUCUUCACCUGAUAGAGAGCAAACUCUGGUGGAAAGGUCCGUCAUGGCUCAUCGAUCAGCAGUCUUGGCCUCCCCCUUUGCGGGUUCCGCAAGAAACGUCUGAGGAGGUGCGAAGCGAGGCUAAGGGCAGCGACUUGUACUCCGCGCCCGCAUCGGUAAAGGUUCCCAUAAUGAAUGCGGACAGGUACAGUUCGCUUCACAAGCUGCUGCGGGUUACCGCCUGGGUCUUGAGGUUCCUGCACAACACUACGCACCCCUCCCAGAAGACCGGUGUCCUUACAGCCGAGGAGAUCUCAGCGGCGGAAGAGUACUGGAUUUUGACGGCUCAGCAUGAGUCUUUUGGGCCUCAUCCGACCACUCACAAGUCCCUUCAGAAUGUAUCGCUGUUUCAUGACGGGAAAGGCGUCCUCCGCAUGACAGGUCGACUGCAGUACAGCGAUCUCCACGGAUCAGCGAAGCACCCCAUUGUCAUACCUUCGGAUCACCCGAUUACGGCAAUGCUGGUUUCCCGGGCACACACAGGACUGCUUCAUGCCGGAGUUCAAGAAACCUUGGCAGAACUGUGCAAAGAGCAUUGGAUUAUUCGGGGACGUCAAGUGGUGAAGAAGACGCUGCACGGAUGCCGUAUCUGUCGCCGAGCAAAGGCCCAGGCCUGCUCAGAAGCCACUGAGAGCAAAGGAGAGCCAGGAGGACGGACACUCAGGCCGGUCCAGCUUCUCUACAGACUGGAAGCAGACUGCUGA